AGAAAUUUGUGUAGUGUUUGGAAGGUCUGAAGUCUUGCAGUGCCUCAGACUUGAGAGGGCUGUCAAGUUAUGAUGGUGAGAGGCCCUCAUCUUUCUUCUUGUCGUCCUUCCCGGUUUUUUGGACGGAGGAAGCCGCUACUGAACGGAGGCCGUCGCUAUCUGACAACAGGUCAAGUCUAACCGCCAACUCACGCGAGCGCAGCUUGGAUAGCCAAGGACCUUUUAACAUUUUUUGCAACUUUGGCUCUUUUUUGGGGGGCGAUUUAGGAAAACCACCGUGAGUUUCUCUCCGGCGCAAUGGUGUGGCCAAAUUUUGUAAACACGGGCAGACUGUUGAUUCCAUGUAACACACUCCCGGGCUGAUAAUGUGUCUCUGCGUGUCAUCUUUACACGUCGUACCCGCUCCUCUUCCUCCGCCGCGGGGACAAACAAACAAGCGGCGACGGAAAGGAAAUCAAACCAGUCGCUGAGUUUCGAUGCGCUUCUCUCUCAGCUGUGGUGGGGAUGUCGUUUCCAGACAUCAUCUUGUCGGAGGCUGCUUCACGCUGAAGGGAUUGCGUCCGUGUAGAAAGUGGUGACCAGAAAACCUCCACAGAAGGGCUGCGGACGAACUUCGAAUUACCGGAGUAGCGAAGAGCAAGAGGCGGUGCAUCAGGUUCAGGAACUGUCAAUGCGGACUUCAGCUGGUGAACUGACGAGCCACAUAUAGGAGUGACUUAAGUCUCUCCUCACCCCUCUCCCCAUCCCUUCCCUUCCCUGUCCCGUUCCCCUGUCAGUCUUCUCCCUUAUCCAGUCUCCCUGUUCUCCAAGAUUCAACCAUGCUCAUUAAGGAGUACCACAUCCCCAUGCCCAUGAGUGUGGAGGAGUACCGCAUCGCCCAGCUCUAUAUGAUCCAGAAAAAGAGCAGAGAAGAGAGCUGCGGCGAAGGUAGCGGGGUGGAGAUCCUGGAGAAUAAGCCUUACACAGAUGGACCAGGCGGGACGGGUCAGUACACUCACAAGGUCUACCACAUCGGCAUGCACAUUCCCAGCUGGUUCCGUUCCAUCCUGCCCAAAGCAGCUCUGAGGGUCGAAGAGGAGUCGUGGAAUGCCUACCCUUAUACCCGAACUAGAUACACCUGUCCUUUUGUUGAGAAGUUCUCCAUUGAUAUAGAGACGUACUACAAGCCUGACACGGGCGAUCAAGGAAAUGUCUUCAACCUGUCUGCAGCAGACAAGAGACAGAGGGACAUUGACCAAAUCGACAUCGUGGCAGAUCCCAUCCCCACGCACGAGUACAAAGCAGAGGAAGACCCCAGGCUAUACAAGUCUGUUAAGACCCAGAGGGGACCUCUGAGGGACGACUGGAUAGAGGAGUACAAAAAUAACCCAGGAAAGACGCCCAUCAUGUGUGCCUACAAGUUGUGCAAGGUGGAGUUCCGUUAUUGGGGCAUGCAGUCCAAGAUCGAACGCUUCAUUCAUGAUGUCGGACUCAGAAAGGUAAUGGUGCGUGCCCACCGGCAGGCCUGGUGUUGGCAGGAUGAGUGGUGUGGUUUGACCAUUGAGGACAUCCGGCUGCUGGAGCUGGAAACCCAGCUGGCCUUGGCCAGGAAGAUGGCCCAGUUUUGCCAGGCGGAGGAGGCCACCGAGGUCAAUGGAGGCGCUCCAUCUCCAGACAAAGACCAGGAGGCCAAAGAGGCGAUCAGCGCCAUAGAAGCCCAGGAAGUGGUUACCAGAUCAGUGGAGACUCUUCAGCCACGAGGUGUUCUCACCAAGCAGUGGUCCACCUCAUCUCGAUCCUCCCGCUCAUCCAAGAGAGGAGUGAGCCCGUCUCGUCACAGCAUCUCAGAAUGGAGGAUGCAGAGCAUCGCACGAGACUCAGACGACAGCUCGGACGAAGAGUUCUUCGAUGCUCAUGAGGAUCUCUCGGAUGGAGAGGAGGUUUUCCCAAAAGAAAUAGCCAAAUGGAACUCAAACGACCUCAUGGACAAGAUCGAAGCCGCAGACACAGAGGAAACUCCUGAUGAACCCUUUAAGGAAAUGACUGCGGAUUAUGAGCGAGCAACAAGUGAGGAUAGAUUAGACGAGAUACGCAGCUUUCUUAGCGGCCAUGCCGAUAGCUCUCCCAUUCCCACCAUCCUGGUAACAAGGCACCAGUCAGAGAGCUCGUCUCAACAGAGUCUGCAGCCCUCUAAGAUUCACGUGCUGAUCUUGGUCCUACACGGAGGGAACAUCCUGGAUGCAGGUGGAGGGGACCAGACUAGCAAGCAGGCCGACAUCAACACGAUCAGCACAGCUUUUGACACAGUCAUGCGUGUUCACUACCCCGCUGCGCUGGGACGCAUCGCCAUCCGCUUGGUGCCCUGCCCUGCCAUCUGUGCCGAGGCCUUCUCUCUGGUGUCUAACUUGAGCCCUUACAGCUAUGACGAGGGCUGUCUGUCCAGCAGCCAGGACCACAUCCCGCUUGCAGCUCUUCCUCUCCUGGCCACCUCAUCGCCACAGUACCAGGAUUCUGUGGCCACGGUCAUUGCUCGAGCCAAUCAGGUGUACGCUGAGUUUCUAAAGUCUCUGGAUGGAGCGUCUUUCUCCGGCCAGGUUUGCCUCAUUGGGGAUUGUGUGGGAGGAAUUUUGGGAUUCGACGCUUUGUGCAACAGCGGUUCCACAGUAAACGAAAGCCAGAACAGCAGUCGCAGGGGCAGCGUCAUCAGUGUGCAGGACCAGGACCUCCUCUCUCCUGGUAUCACCGUCAACAGUGUGCACGGAUCAGCCUCCCCUACCUUAGAGGGCAGCCGCCACCUCAGUCGCAGUAACAUUGAUAUUCCUCGCACCAGUGUGAGCGACGAGACCAAGAGGCAGCUGCCUCGCAAGAGGAGUGACUCUUCCACCUAUGAGCUGGACACAAUUAAACAGCACCAGGCUUUUUUAUCCAGUUUGCACUCCAGCGUCCUGCGGAAUGAUGCGGUCUCUCGCCGAUCAAGCAGCAGCACCAUGUUGGACGGAGUCUCCCUGGGGAAGUUUGACUUUGAAGUGUCUGAUUUUUUCCUCUUUGGCUCUCCUCUUGGCUUGGUGCUGGCCUUGAGGAAGACCGUGAUCCCGAUGCUGGAUGUGGCCCAGCUGAGACCUGCUUGUCAGCAGGUCUAUAACUUGUUCCACCCACCUGAUCCCUCAGCCUCACGCCUGGAGCCUCUGCUGGAGCGGAAAUUUCACCUCUUCCCCCCCUUCAGCGUACCCCGUUACCAGCGGUUUCCUCUGGGAGAUGGCAACUCGGCCCUGCUGGUGGAGACAGUCCAGAGCAACGCUCAGCUGCUGCUUGACAGUGGGCCCCCCCUGGCCUUCCGCUGUCAGGAGACCAUCAGUGAGACCUGCAUUCCUGUUCCUGUGCUUAACUGGCAGGAGAGCUCCCUCAAAGCCACACCCGCCGCUAUGGAGUCGGAUGUUGUUCAGUCUCAUGGUGGUGUCUUCAUGGACAGUUCGUACCCCUCAUCCCCUGUAACGGGCCCCCUCUUCCGGGUCCUAAGGAGGGCCAGUGAGGUCAGCAUUGCCAGCCAGGUCUCAGGAAUGGCAGACAGUUUCACUGCCACCAACAUAGCCAACACUAAAUCAGGGCAGAUUAACCGGUCCAAAAUGUCCAGUCUUUUGUCCCAACUUGCCCUAACGCCACAAAACAAAUUCUUCUUGAAAAGUCCGCCAAAGUCCCGUAAGAAACCCGAAGCCAACCAGGCUGCAGGAUCUCCCGAUGCAGACCAGGUUAUGGAGCUGGAUGUCGAUGCCGAAUCUAGUGAAAGUUUAAGCCCGACUUCACAGUACGAGAACAUCCUGUCAGCGGGUCUGGACUAUGCUAUAUCAGAUCUGGUCUCACUGGACUCCCAAGCAGAAGUCGUGCAAGUUGCAGCACGUUGGUGGGGCACAAAGCGGCUAGACUUUGCUCUGUACUGCCCCGAUGCUCUGACGGCUUUCCCCACCGUGGCUUUGCCACACCUCUUCCACGCGUCCUACUGGGAGUCCACUGAUGUUGUGUCUUUUCUCCUGAGGCAGGUCAUGAGACAUGAAAACUCCAGCAUUCUGGAGCUUGAUGGGAAAGAAGUGUCUGAGUUUACCCCAUCUAAACCUCGAGAAAAGUGGCUCCGCAAGAGGACUCACGUCAAGAUCAGGAAUGUGACCGCCAACCAUCGCGUGAAUGAUGCUGUUUUUACUGAAGACAGCCAGCAGGUCAUAACGGGUCGCUUCAUGUAUGGCCCUCUGGACAUGGUGACUUUAGCCGGAGAGAAGGUUGACCUCCACAUCAUGACUCAACCCCCAUCAGGAGAAUGGGUGUACUUCAGCACUGAUGUGACCAACAGCAGCGGCCGUGUGUACUUCACCAUCCCAGAGGACAAGCGUCAGGGCAUCGGCGUCUACCCCGUUAAGAUGGUCGUCAGAGGCGACCACACGUUUGCAGACAGCUAUCUGACUGUUGUGCCUCGUGGCACAGAGUUUGUAGUUUUCAGCAUCGACGGUUCGUUUGCUGCCAGCGUGUCGAUCAUGGGCAGCGAUCCCAAAGUGCGGGCUGGAGCCGUGGAUGUUGUCAGGCACUGGCAGGAUUUAGGUUUCCUGAUCAUCUACGUAACCGGGCGUCCGGACAUGCAGAAGCAGCGGGUGGUGGCAUGGUUAUCUCAGCACAACUUCCCACAUGGAAUUGUCUCCUUCUGCGAUGGUCUGGUCCACGACCCACUCAGACACAAGGCGAACUUCCUCAAGAACCUCACGGAGUCUAACAUGAAGAUUUUUGCUGGAUAUGGAUCAACCAAAGAUAUCUCCGUCUACACCUCAAUCGGCCUUCCUUCUUCUCAAAUUUACAUCGUCGGCAGGCCCUCAAAAAAGAUGCAGAACCAGUGCCAGUUCAUCACAGAGGGAUAUGCAGCUCAUUUGUCCCAGCUGGAGUACAACCACCGCUCUCGGCCAGCCAAGUCCAGCAGCGCGCGCAUGGUCCUCCGUAAAGGAAGCUUCGGCUUAGGUGCAAACAGCGACUUCCUAAGAAAAAGGAACCACCUGCUGCGCACUAUCUCUUCACAGCCAGCCCCCAACUCCCCGACAGGCAACGUCCACAACAGGCCCGAGCGCACGCAGAGCCAAUCGGACAGCGAGCGUCUGGAGCGUGAGCGUCUGGAACGAGCUCACUGCCACAGCCAGGGAGCAACCCAGCGCAGCAUGAGCAUCACCGCCAGCUGCUGGGGGCGCAGCAGCACCAGCACCAAGCUGGACUCUGGUGUUUUUAGCCCAAAGUGAUGAGAUAAAGACAAUCUGGGAGUUUCUACUGGAGUGACUUUUACAGAUGAGAAAAGAGACACGCAGUGUUGAAAUAUAUCCAGUUAGUGAAAAACUGCAGGUUUGCACCAACUAGAUAGAUACCAGAGGGCACUUUGGUGCUAUAAACCACUCCUUAUAAACUAACACCAUUCACAUUAAACAAAGACAAGCAGUUCUGGAGCAGAAUCACGUACACACACAAAAACUCAACUUUAGGGGUCCAGACCAUGUCUUCUGUUAAGUAAAUAGUUUUCAGUGUUGAAUAUAAAGCCUGCUGUCCUCCAACAGGCUUUGGAAACAGAUGAAUCCACCCUGAGCUGUAUUCCGCAGCACAUAACACAACGUUACACACAUGCAAGCACAACACCUCCAUAUUCAUGUUCUCUCGAUAAUGACUUUCCGUUGAUCAGUAAUUUUAAAAAAAUUCUCAUUUUUAAGCCAAGUAGAAACAAUUUGAUCUGUUCUCUUAAAGUUACAAACGCUCAUCGUCACAUGAACACCAAACAAAGUCUGAACUGACCCUUUAACUGCAGCUGAAACUUUUGCUUUUUUAAUAGCAUUUUACCAAUUAACUUAUGACUCAACUAUAGGAAAACGUACUACUGUACAGAUGAGGUGCCAAAGUAAGCAGAGCGGUACUCUGCACACGAGCAGAGAGGAGACCUCUGAGGUCUUGUAUGUAAAAAUGAACCCGAUUGUGUAAGUAUGUAAUUAAAUACCCCAACGAGGCUUGUACAUAAUUACUAUAUUACAGUGCAGAUCUGGUAUCUGGUCCACUGAAGACCAUUUUAAAGUGUCUUCUUUACUCUGGGCGCAAACUCAUUCAGGACAUAUUUUGUUGAUUGUUGACAAUUAUUGCUAUUUACAAUUAUGGCUGAUUUAAAAUGCAUUGAUUUUUUUGAACAAAAAAGGUAAAUUUUGUUUUGUUGUGUAUUUUUUCUUCCACUUGAGUUGCAGCAGCCAAAAUGCAGAAGUCUUUGCCUGGCACAGUAUUGUAUUUUUAUGGUUUUAUCUUGCAGAUCACCAGAGUUGUAUCAGAACUUAUGUCAUAUAUUGUAUGUUUGAUAUUAGCCAUUUUGGGGGAAAUUUGAUAUUUAGCUUCUUUCUGGUUAUUACAGAGCUGUAAAUGAGGCAUUGAAUGUGCUAUUAGAUAUCCCUCCAUAGGGGACGGUCUCUUUCUUUGUUCCGUUGCGCCUUUAGAGGAAGACGUUGUGCAAACUGUAAAUUAUGUACAAUAUGUUGUUGAGAUUAGGAACACAGCUGAAACAUGCUUUAUGGUGUUAGCCAUUUAUUUCUAAAACUGGUCGUUUUUAAAAUUCAGAUGAUGGUAAUUCAUCCCUCUAACAGGCAGCACUAAGAGCUGAAUGCAGUGGACCAAUAUCGGGAGCAAACAUGAAAGGGGAAACGUGCAAUAUGAUUUAGCAGCACUGUCAGAACAUCACAGUGCACUGACAAUCAGUCAAACUGGCACUAUUCUACAGACGAUACAUCACAGAGGGAUUCUCAGCAGGUUCAAUGCACAUUUUACAAAGUGGAGUUCUCACAAUAAAGUGGCAUUGGCCUGAUGGUGUGCAGUGUU